AGCCAGCCUGGCUCGCGUGGGCGCCGGAGGGACGCAACGGAAAGACGUGCGACAAACAUUUACAAGAGUAAACGCCAGUACAGGUGCACCCUCUAAGUAAACUACGACAUCCUGCGGCUAACAUCAAAACGAAAUCGAAGGGAAUCGUCCAACUUUCUUCUUGGAUGGAAGAAGUCACCGACCAUGGCCCAUGCCGUUGCGAUUGAUGCCGCAGGAGGUCUUCUAUCGAGAGGGUCAACAAGCAGAAGCAAAGGAAGAGAGUGUUUUCCAGUACAACGCCAAUUUGAAAAUCAUCGAAAUGAGGAGGUGCGCCUUGGGCCAUCAAUGUACGACUUGACGUAGAAAUCUACGCUGCGCAGUGACAAAUCCAAAAGGAUCAUCCGCCCAUCAACCAAGUGGUGUCAACGGCCAAAGAACAAACGCAACGACACGAUGGUAUCUCCAGAGUUUCUACAGUGCUCACCUUGUUGAAUUGACCCAUCCAGCCGCAAUGUGCGGUGGCGCACUGGUCGCCAUGUUGGUUGUCUUUGCCCUCGUCGAAGUGCUCUGGGGUUGGUGUUUCUUCUUAGCUCUAUUCUAUCUUCGACCAAUCUCAUUCAAGAGGACCUCCGCUCCACACUCUGUGGCAGCUGCUUCGAGUCGAGUCUCAGUUCGUCAACCCCCACGGUCACGCUCGGGUUGGGUGCGCUGUGACUACUUUUGACGUCACGGGAAUGAAUUCGUGAACAAAAUUCUUACGUCAUCGACAAACUUUCCGGAAGCUCGCGAAUGCAAGAGCUCUGCAAAACGCUCACUCGAUUUGUUAAAACAUGGAAUGAUUCAGGGAUUAUCGGAUCUGGCAAUGUUCAUCAAGACAGCUGGCUCUGGAGUGUCUGACGAUGAUGAUAUCUGCCAACGCAAGACCAACGCAAUGCUGUCUGCCUGCCUCAUUCCCAGAAAGCAGAGGUGGAACCACCAAAGCCCGCUCUGUUCUUAUUUUGCAGCGAUCAUUCAUUCCAAGUGUAAUCUCUAGUUAGUACUGCAUUGCAAGAUGAGGAUAUCCCUUGCUCACCUCGUUGUGGGGCUUGGUGCCUCUGUAUCCAGUGGCUUUCAGAUCCCCGCUGUGUCAAAGAACAGGUUGAACAGUCGCACUUUCAAAAUCCAAGCUGUAGAGUCUGAUGCUGAUCCGUUGAAUGGAGAUGGGGAAGAGGAUGUACAAGAAUCAGAGGCACUCAAGUGGGCCAAAAAGCAAAAGGAAGAACUGGAAAAGGAAUCUAGUAGCAGUGACGCCAGCAACAAGAAGAAAUAUGUCAUCGUUGGAGCUGGUUGGGGUGGCUGGGGAGCAGCUAAAGCGCUCUGUGAAAGUGGAAUCGAUUGCGAUGUCACCAUCAUUGAUGCCUUGCCAGAUCCCACGGGAAACACACCCUACUUGUCAGCAACUGGAAAGCCGGUGGAAGCUGGAACUCGAGGAUUCUGGAAGGACUACCCUAAUAUUUGCGAGCUGUUGGCAGAGUUGGGUAUUGAGGAAGACGAUGUCUUCACUCCAUUUACCAAUUCGUCAUUUUACUCACCCGAUGGACUGGAAGCCACAGCUCCGGUGUUUGCUGAUGUCAAGGUUCCAGAAAGUUUGGAAAAAAUCCCUUUCCUGUCACAACUGGCCGGUCAACAGAUUCCAAUGCUGCCUUCUCCAUUUGGACAGGUUCUGGCAACAUUUCCUUUGUUUGAACGGAUUCCACUAUCCGACAGAGCGUCCAUGGUAGGCCUCCUGCUGGCGACAAUCGACUGUCUGGGUGGAGAUGAACAGGUGCAGAUGCAGUACGAUCGUAUGACAGCACACGACCUCUUUGUUCGUUUUGGACUCUCCAAGCGUUUGGUGGAAGACUUUAUCAAGCCCACUCUAUUGGUCGGUUUGUUCAAGCCACCGGAAGAGCUAAGUGCUUUGGUUGUCAUGGAACUUUUGUAUUACUAUGCGCUUGCACACCAAGAUAGCUUCGAUGUUCGAUGGAUCAAGAAUGGAACCGUGUCCGAUUCCUUGGUGGCGCCCAUGGCAAAUCGCCUGCAGGAAGAGUUCGGUCUUAAGGUACUUGGUGGAUGCCGUGUUGGCAAAAUCUCGUUAGAGAAAGGUAGUGACGGAAAGCUAGAAGCCAGUACAAUUGAAUACCAGAGUAUGAAGUCGAAAACAACUGAAACAAUAUCGGACGUGGAUGGUAUAGUCAUGGCAUUGACUUGCAAGGGGAUGCAGGGUGUUGUGGGAGCAAGCCCCGACCUCGCUAGGCUCCCUGAAUUUUCCAACGCGGCAAGUCUGAGGGGUAUCGAUGUCAUCUCCACACGCCUUUGGCUGGACACCGUAGUCCCCACACGAACUCCAGCCAACGUGUUUUCGCGUUUUGAAGAGCUUCGUGGCUCGGGAGGGACCUUUUUCAUGUUGGAUCAACUUCAAGAGAACAACUCGGACUUGUGGGGAGGAGAGGAACCCCAGGGCUCAGUCGUUGCCUGUGACUUUUACAAUGCUGGUGCUCUGAUGAGCCUUUCAGAUGACGAUAUUGUCAAAACGUUGAUGGAAGACUUGUUGCCAAGUGCUGUACCCGCCUUUGCUGAGGCCAAAGUGGUGGAUUCAUGGGUUGGCAAGUACGGCGGAACUGUUUCCUGGUUCUCUCCGGGUAGCUACGUGAAGCGUCCUCCUCUGGAGGGUGCUGGAUCGGAUGUGUUGCCCAAUGUCAAAUGCGCUGGUGACUGGGUUCGAAUGGGAGAACGAGAGCACGGAGCCAAAGGAUUGUGCCAAGAACGAGCUUUCGUGUCUGGGUUGGAAGCUGCCAAUUCGUUGAUGAUGGAUACCCACAAGUCUGCUUUCCGCCCACACCCAGUAAUUCCAGUUCGCGAAGACGAAGCUCAGUUCAAAACUGGGGUUGCCAUCAACAACCGCGUCAUGGAAGUGUUGCCCCGUUGGUGGACGAGAUAGACUGCCUCAACGGUUGCACUGUUCAUUGUAUACAAAACACGAGCAAGGAAGUGACAAUAGCUAGCUAUUGAAUGAGGCGCCAUGAUAAACGAAGACUGUACAUAGCGAAGAACCGUUGCAUGAUACAGACUGUACAUAGUAAAGGAGUUGCAAGAUGCUUCAUCUAGCUAGUGCGAACCAUGUCAUUCCAGUACAUAGCACGCUCACCUUUUUGUCUAAUCGCUGACAGUACAAGUGACGAGUGGUUCAAUUGGCAGAUUAAUUCUCUCAUUAGACUGCCAUGGAUCAUUGUCAAAGGAAGGUACAUCAGUGUGCAUUCAGUUCACUCGAGGUUGGUACUGUACCGCGAUGAUCUGCUUCUUUAUCAAUGGAUUUUCGUUAUCGUGCGUCUGAAUCCCCUUGUACCAAUAGCCGCACCCUCGAUACCAUUUCAUCCUGUCUCCUUCUUUGAUGUCUAGGUACCGGUAGCCGAUUGUCAUGUCUUUUGUUAACUCGAUGAAAUCAAUCAACACACCUCUUCUUGCAGGAUAACGAGCCCCUGAUUUGUGACCACAAGCUACCGUAGCUAGCUAGACAUAUGUAAUUCCUUCUCCACCACCACCACUGGUCCACGGAACAAAAUGCAAGGAGAAUAAAAAUCCCAUGAAUUCAAUGGCAAAAAUCAAGGGAGCCAAGAAUCCCCAGACGGGCCAUGUCCCUCGUAUCAGUAGGAUGAAUCCCACGAUACCCGACACGAUCAUUCCAGGGAUGACUUUUGGACAAUAGACACUCCAAGCUUCGGUAUCUUUUAAUUUGAUGACGAGGGGUAAAUAGGCCAUCAAGUAGAUGAUACCAGCCACCACGGCGGCCCAGCACAAAAAUGCCAUGUUCAGGACAGUCCGGUUGACUUCUUCGUAAAAGAGGAGUGUGGAAAAGAAAGAACACCAGUAGGCAACAAACAUGGCCAGCAAGACCCAGACCACUGUUCAUAAUAGUAAACAAGAAAAGGAGAUUGUGAGUACAAAUUCCACCAACGCCGCAUGAUAUUCGACAUGCCAACAAUAAUAGAAGACUCACAGGCAACAAUCUUGUCGGAUGUUCGGUCGGACAAGGUUCGUCCUGUACUGGAGGCCCGGGGACUCCUUACCCCGUAGUCGUCAUGAUCUUCCGAGGAUAUUCUUCUGUAUUGAGGAGUGUUCAUGGUGGUACUGCUUCUCAGGAGUUGUCAGCAGUGAUGCCGCUGCACUUUUCUGAGAUGAUGGAGGUCGCGACGCUGUGUCGCCAUUGUCGGUGAAGGAGUCGUAUGAGUCGAGUGACGAGUCGAGU